GCAUUUUCUAAAUAGCUAGUCCAGUGACAAACUAUAAUUUAUUAUUUAUGACAACCGGCCUUGGUGGCAACUUGACAAGAGAAGUAUCACAUUAUUAAAAUAGGAUAGCACGUAAUACUCUUCGUUAUGUUUUACGACGAUGUUUUAAAGCUGGUUGGAGAGUUUGGGCGAUAUCAGAAAAUACUGAGUAUUCCCGUUUGUAUUCAACCAUUAACUUCAGCUUUGAUGGUAUUGGUGACGAUAUUUUCAUUAGCUAUUCCGCCACACAGGUGUAAAUUACCAGGAUAUGAAAACGACACCUUUCAUCAACAAAACAAUUACCAUGGAUACCUAAUAAACCAGUCCAUACCACAAUCUUCUAGUUGUCUACUACGUAAUACUACAGUUGAUAAAUAUGGUAAUAUGACGUCAGUGGAAUAUAAAUGUGGUUCAUGGGUUUAUGAUACGUCUACGUUCAUAUCAACACUAGUUACCGAGUUUAAUAUGGUUUGCGACGAUGACAUUUUAAGAAAUAAUGCCAUUAUGACGACGUUCCUGGGUCUGGUAUUCAGUUGCUCUAUUAUAAGUAACUUUGCUGACCGUUUCGGUCGUAAACCAGUAAUGGUUAUUUGUAACGUAGUGUUUGUCACUUCUGCUUAUUUACUGGUUUGGACACCCAAUUAUAUGUUCUUAGUGAUUGUCCGAUUUUUUGUUGGAGUAGGAAUGGGCGGCCAAAUAAUAUCUAUCUUUACUAUUGGAGUGGAGAUAGUGGGACCUUCUAAAAGACGUUUUACUGGUGUUGUAUCUAACCUCGGAUGGUGUUUGGGUAUAUUGAUUGUAGCAGCGUUGGCCUAUUAUAUUAGAACCUGGAGAUACUUACAUCUAGCUGCAGCCGUCUUGACAUCGUAUCAGUUAUUUUAUUUUUUAAUGUUACCGGAAAGUCCACGUUGGUUAUUAACACGGGGUCAACUUGAUAAGGCAAGAAAAUUAAUCAAGAGGGCAGCUGUUGUCAAUAAAACGAUUGUAAGUGAGGAUACAUUAUCAAAAUUAAGAGUACCAGAAAAGCCCGCAACGGCAAAAUUUUGGAAACUUUGUUCAACAAAAAAGUUGACAGCGAGAACACUUGCAAUUUAUUUUGUUUGGUUUUCUGUCAGUGUCACGUAUUUCGGUAUAAUGCUCAAUUUAGAGUUUUUGGUGGGAAAUAUAUACCUGAAUCUAUCUCUAACAGCCAUCAUUGAAGCAGUUUGUUAUACAUUUGUUAUAUUAAUGGUAGAUAAGUUAGGACGAAAGAAACUUAUAUGUGGCUGUUAUUUUCUACAGAUUCUAUCAUUAAUAGCUGUUAUAAUUAUACUAUUAUACGUACCACCAGAUCUGAAUUGGUUGAUGACGGUAUUUACUUUGAUGGGUCAGUGUGGAACUAUAAGUAGUUUUGCUAUAGUUUGGUUGUGGACGAGUGAACUUUUCCCGACAGAAUUAAGAAAUGUUGGAACCGGUACUGGUUCCGCUUCAGCACGGGCAGGAGCUGUGGUUGCACCGUAUUUAGAAUUAUUGGUAAGUAGACUUACAUGAUUUUAAAUACUUGUACAGAUGUGGGGCAUCUGUAGUAAUUUAUCGCUUAAUUAUAUAAUAUUGAAUUACCGUUCACAGUUUUGUGUGAUGCAUCAUAUAUAUUCAUUUCUUGUAAACUUAUUGAUAGCAUGACAACACCUACCUUUUA